AUGGUACAUCCAGUUCUCGAACAGGCCCGAGUCGAGGACACACCCUGCCCAUACUUAAGUCGAGCUCCGGCACGCCGCCUAGGCGCAGCGCUCGCGGGCGGCGUGGGUGCUGUAGGCCGCGUUGGCGGACGUCGUCUGCUGGAGCAUGCAUGGAAAUGCGGCGGGAGACGGGGCGAUGCCGACGAGGAGCGUGCCAUCGGGCAGCCCGCCGCCAUCGAUGCCGCGUUGCGCGAAGCUCUCGGAGCGGAGGAGCUCGUAAAACGCGAGCUUGCGCACGGCCGGCAGGCUGUACAUGUGCGAGAGGGCGACCGUCUCGGCCGCGUGGCCAGGGCGUGUGCACCGACUACUGUUCGUCGUGCACGAUCAUGUUUCGGAGAGCACACGAUCCGCACCACGUCUUUAAGUCCAUAG